AUGGGAAUCAACAACGGCAUGCAAUGGCCGGAGCUGCGUACCUCGUGCAAUCCGCCGAAGAGGCCCAGAGGCUUUCGUAUUAUGAGACAAAUUGCCUACGAAGUGGUAGACUGUUGGAUCUUCUCCAAGGACGAGAAGGAGCCCAAGGAGACUGGUGUGCAGGUGUUCAUAGUUUCCAGUGAACAUGACACCGAGGACAACGUCAACAUCCUCAACACCCAAAAACACAUCCCUCCGCCAGGCACCGAGCGACCAGACUCGCUGGCUGGACGGGACCGUCGCGGCUUUGUUCGACGGCGGUGGUCCUCGGCCUGGAGAUUCGGCGAGUGCUCGGACUAG